CAACAAAGAACGAGAUUAGGUUAGUCGCAUAUCAGCUGAUACAGUGAUUGGCCGAUUAUACCGUAAAAAUUGCUCUUAGUUUUUUUCAGUAUUAAAGAAGUUUGUACAAUAUAAAUUUAAAAUGCGUUUAGUCAUUUGUGAUACAGUAGAUCAUGUAGCAGAAUGGUCUGCAAAAUAUGUUAUGAAAAGAAUUAAUGAUUUUCAACCAAAUAAGGAUAAAUAUUUUGUUCUUGGUCUUCCAACAGGUGGUACACCUUUGGGAAUGUAUAAAAAACUUAUAGAAUAUCACAAAGCAGGAAAACUUUCCUUCGAAUAUGUAAAGACAUUCAACAUGGACGAAUAUGUUGAUUUACCCAGAAGUCAUCCAGAGUCUUACCAUUAUUAUAUGUAUAAUAACUUUUUCAAGCAUAUAAAUAUCAAUCCAGAAAAUGUACAUAUUCUUGAUGGCAAUGCAGUAGAUCUUGUAAAAGAAUGCGAUGAUUUCGAGCAGAGCAUCAAAGAUGCUGGUGGAAUUGAACUGUUUAUUGGUGGUAUUGGUCCAGAUGGUCACAUAGCUUUUAAUGAACCAGGUUCCUCUUUAGUAUCGCGUACAAGAGUAAAGACACUGGCACAAGAUACCUUACAAGCCAAUGCAAGAUUCUUUGGAAAUGAUAUUUCUAAAGUUCCAAAACAAGCACUAACUGUUGGUGUAGGUACAGUGAUGGAUGCUAAGGAAGUAAUGAUUCUCAUUACAGGAUCUCAUAAAGCAUUUGCUCUUUACAAAGCAAUAGAGGAAGGUAUUAAUCAUAUGUGGACUGUAUCAGCCUUUCAACAACAUCCUCGUACAAUAAUUAUUUGUGAUGAAGAUGCAACUCUAGAGUUACGUGUGAAAACUGUGAAGUACUUUAAGGCCCUCAGUGCUGUACAUCACAAAUUGAUUGAAGAAGAUGGAGAUGCAAUUACCCGUUGUUCAUUACAAAACUGUUAAAAUGGUACUUAUUUCUUUAUUGUUAUAUGGACAUAAUUUUUGGAUACGUUUUAUAUUUACAAAGCUGUAUUUGUUCGAACGAAAAUUCUGUAAGAUUUGUUUGUUAUCAGUAUUUGAUGAGUUCAAGAAAAGGAAAGAUAAUAUGAUAAGAGGAAUUAUAAGAUAUGGUCGAAAUGGUAAUGCAAGUAGAAAUAAGAAUAAUUCCAUGUAUACAGAUCAGAGAAAAAUGCGGAAUAACAUAAUGUACUUUAUUUGAAGUGCGAAAUUCAUAAAUUUUUAUUACAUAUAUAUACAAUUAGUAGAAACAUAAUUUAUUUCUGUUUCACUCUGAAUGUUUGUUCACAUUUAUAAAAAAUACGGAUAUCUUUUAUUUAUCUUAUACGUUUAUGGUUAUCAUAUAGUCGUUGUAAUGUAUAUUACUUAUUUGUUUAUGAUUUCAUCGCCAUUUCGACCGCAAAGUGACUCAGUUGUAUGGGUCCUUAAUACAGUACAGUCUGUAAUGUUUUAUCUUUUACAGAAUUUAUGGAACAUUUAUAGACUUAAUAUUACUGUUAAACAUUAAGAAAAUUUUGAAGUCUCGAAUAAAAAAAGAAUUUAAAAAGACGGAUCUGUGGAAGGUAACACGAAUAUCGUGCAUGUUACAUAAUGAAUUACCUUUUAUUAUAAACACUAUAUGAGUGUAUAAUACAUAUACGUAUUUGUUUUAUUAAAACACAAGUUAUUAUAUUCUUAUAAUUUUUGUUUUCAAAAAACAAAAAUAUUAUAUUUUUGUAUUAUUAUACUUUUUCAUGAAUAAACUUACCCUUUUUAUCACGUAAGUUUCUUUCAAACCUAUAAUUGUACUUUACUCUAAUAGAAUUUUUUAUCUUCAGAAUUUAUCUAUUAAGGAUUAGUUUUUAUAUAACUCUAUGAAGAAUACACAAUUG